UUACCGAGAAGGAGAUCCGGCAAUGGCACAAAGGAUUCCUGAAAGACUGCCCGGACGGCUUGCUGACGGAACAGGGCUUCAUAAAGAUCUACAAGCAGUUCUUUCCUCAAGGCGAUCCGUCGAAAUUUGCCUCGUUGGUCUUCAGAGUGUUCGACGAGAACAGCGACGGUACGAUAGAGUUCGAAGAGUUCAUAAGGGCGCUGUCGGUGACGUCGCGCGGGAACUUGGACGAGAAACUCCACUGGGCGUUUCGGCUCUACGACGUGGAUAACGAUGGCUUCAUCACGAGAGAGGAAAUGUAUAAUAUCGUCGAUGCGAUGUACGAGAUGGUGGGUCAGCAGCCGCAGGCGGAGGACGAGAACACGCCGCAGAAGAGGGUGGACAAGAUCUUCGAUCAAAUGGAUAAAAACCACGACGACAAGCUGACGCUGGAGGAGUUCCGGGAGGGUAGCAAAGCAGACCCUCGGAUCGUGCAGGCGUUAUCGCUUGGUGGCGAGUAACGGCAAGCCCCUUCGGGAUCGGACCAUUCGUCGUCGAUCGUUUCAAGCCGGACGAUCACCUCGGUCCCGUCGCCCCGGUCCGAUCGUCGAAACGGCUAGGCGAGAGGAGAGAAACCGAUCGCUCGAACGGAUGAGAAAAAUCGCCGGUCUCGAGCUGCUGGCUCCACGCAGUCCGGCGUGUGCACGCAUACACAUACGUAGGUAGUACUUGACUUAUGUACAUAAUACCAAUCGACAUGACGCGAUCCUCUCUCUUUCUCUUCUUUUCUCUCUUUACAUUUCUUUCUCCUCGCGGAGAGAAUAUUGUUGUUUCUUUUCCUCUUUGCACGAAUAUCGUGCAUUUGCACAAAUAGCGACGAUAGAAACGUUAGUGGUUUCUCGAGUAGCUACUAUGGUAAUAAACUAUUCUACUCUCGCUUUCUCUUCCUCUGGUUCUGUGUUUCUCUCGGCUUACUUUGUACGAACGACAACCGUAAGGGACAAACGACGAGACCGUAAGAGUCGAGCAUCGUCGAUUGGAGAAAAUGGCCUUGAAAUCUCGGAGAUCCGAAAUCACCUCCCGAAGAGAUGCCUCGAGAACUCGUGUUCUCGCGGCGGGAGCUACGGAUGCGGACGAUGCCACGAUUGCCUUAAUUCGAACCGAUCGAACAAAGAAGGGACGACUGAUUCGUAAAAACGGGGAGACGAGGUGUCGCAAAUAUAGACGAAAUGGGACGUUUUGCCGAUCUUGUCCGCGAGAAGCGAGCGCUGGAUGAAAAUCGGAGAGAAGAGAAGAAAAUACACCUGUCCCUCCAUUUACAUACGCGAAGUAUCCACGUGCGAAUGAAAAUCACGUAAAUCGAGCCUGUCGGUACAAAAAAAAAA